GCAAAUAAACAGAGCAGAAAAAAGCAUUUCGUGCACUCGCAAUUGCAUAUUUAGUAAAAAUCGUGUAAACUUGUUUUAAGUAGGAAUUUUCGAAAAUUUUCACCUUUUAUUUCAAUAAAAAGGCAGUGUGAUUGCUAAUAGACGUGCAGCCAAUACCUUUUUAAAAUGUCCACACCAAGCGAUGAGCUAGUGGAACGCGUGAUUGAAGUAACGGGUGCCAGUUCGGACGAGGCUAAACAUUUGCUGGGUGCCUGCAACAAUGACGUAGAAUCAGCAGUUGCGUUAUAUUUUGAGCAAGGCAGCGGAGUUGCUGAUAUAGUUCCCACUAGCGAUGGCGCCGCCGUACCAGAUGCCUUCGAUGAUGAGGAUAAUGUGCGAGCGCCCAUUGCUCCAAGACGUGAACAAUUAAUUGGACCUGAGGAUGAUAAUUUUCUUGCAGCGCCGUCAUUAUCUGCUACGGGACGCAUGCAACGCAUGAAUCAACGUGUAAAAAUAUGCCCCUUUCGAGAUUUUGCACGCGAAGGGGAACUAAUGGAGGAGCAACUGCAAGCAGAUGUAUCUGGACUAGCGUCAACAUCAAAUGGUAUUAACGGUAGACGUUGGGCUAGUACACGCGCUGCUUCAAUGGUGACAACAGCUGCUACAGCACAGUCGACUGAUUCGAAACCUUCAACUUCUUCUCGUUUGGGUGAUCUUUUCCGUCCGCCAACCGAUAUUGCAUUCGCUGGCACCUUUCAAGCAGGCCGCGCACGUGCAACAGCACUGAGCCGUUGGCUUUUGGUGAAUGUUCAAGAUGACAAUUUCAAUUCACAGGUACUCAAUCGUGAUGUGUGGGCGAACAAGGAUGUGCGUCAAGUUAUUAAAAGACGUUUUUUGUUGUGGCAAAUCGAUGCUGAUACCUCUGAAGGUCGCAGAUUUGUAACAUUUUAUCACUGUGCGAAUUUGCCAUAUGUGUGUGUGGUUGAUCCACGUACUGGCGAAGAGAUGUGGAAGUGCAAUGAUCCCAAAGAGUCAAAUGUGCUUUCCGGUUUGCGAGAAUAUAUAAGUGAGCACAAGGAAUUCUCAGAUGAUGCAACCGACGAUAGUCCAUCUACUUCCAAACGUACUAUAACGUUGUCAGAUGAUGAGCAAGAAGCCGAGAAUAGCGCUGAAAAAAAGAAGCGCCUUAAAUUACUUGAUCUUACCGAAGAAGAGCAAAUUAAUUUAGCCAUACGAAAUUCUAUGCGCGAAAGUAGUAGUACAAAUGGUAAAAGUAAAACCAAAAAUACUGGUAACAAUGAAGAUGGCGGCGCCGAUGAUAGUAGUGAAUUUGAGUCAGCGGAAGAAUUUGGCGAUGAGGAUAGCAAGAGCGCUUAUAAUCAAACGAUUAUUUCCUAUGAAAAACAACUUGGUCAAGCCACUAAUGAACUGACUGCGAUCAGAUUGCGUUUACUUAAUGCCGAAGGCAAUGAUGAAGUGGUACAACUACGUUGGCCAUCAGAUACGCUCUUGAAAGUGCUGAGGCUAUAUAUAGGCGAAAAACACUCGCAUGUUGUCAAGAAUGGCGGUACAUAUAAAUUGAUUUGUGCGUUCCCGAGAAAAAUGCUUGAGGCGGAACAUGAUAGUUCUACUAUAAAGGAAUUGGGCUUGCAUCCUUCGGCAAAUUUGCAUAUAACAUUGGAUGAGUGAUUAUGAUAUUUACCAAGGAAGCAUUAUCAUUACUAUUUAAUUAAAUGUAAUUCAAAAAUAUAUGAUUAAGAUUACACCAGCAAAA